AUUUUUACCAGCAUUAAUGCUGAAUCGGGAUUUGUUCUUCUUCCUCCAUAUGAUGGAGGAUGGUAUAAUUGUACUAAUGAUAUAUUAGCCGCUGUUAAUAAAAGCUUCAGUAUUAAACUUGUUGAUUAUUCAACCCCUGCAACUCCGGGAUUUGGCGCAUAUGGUGCAGGAAAUUCUUCACUUAAACGUAUUCGUGGCAUUGGUUUUCUAGUAUUUUCAUAUGUUGCAAAUUCAACAGUGCCAUUUACUUUCACUGAAUUUAACAAUCGUGAAGUUUAUAAUAUGGUUGAUUAUUGUGGUACAAAAGAAUUUACAACUACUCAAUGUGACUCUCCAUUCAUGGGAUUUCCAAAUCAAACUAAACAAAUGAAAUGGUGCCUGGCUAUAUCAAAUCCAUUCAAUAAUAGUCAAAAAACAUAUGUAUCAUUCAGUCCUGAUGAUACUUCUACAAAUUCAACUAAAAAUGAUAUGAGC